AUGGGGCUGGGGGCCUGGCUGCGCUCGCUUGGCGGCUGCUGCGGCUGCUGCGGCGGGGAGGCAGCAGCCCCUGAGAAGGAGCCGCUGCUCAGCAACAACAACCCGUAUGCUUCCUUUGGAGCCACGCUGGCACGGGAUGAGGAGCAGAACCUGUGGAGCACCCCACACGACGUGACCCACACAGAGGCAGAUGAUGACCGGGUGCUGUACAACAUGAUUGUGGGCCGGAGCCAGCUGGACAAGGAUUCCGAGGAAUGGCAAAAGCUCAACUACGAUAUUUAUACCUUACGGCAAACACGGAAAGAAGUGAGAAGCAGGUGGAAGCACAUCUUGGAGGAUUUAGGUUUCCAGAAGGAAGCAGACUCCCUCUUGUCAGUGACCAAACUCAGCAUUGUCAGCGACUCUCAGAACAUGAGCAAAGCCCGGGACAUCCUGCUAAAGCUCUCUGAAGAGACAAACAUCUUUCCAACCAGCUGGGAGCUGUCUGAGCGUUACCUCUUUGUGGUGGACCGGCUGAUCGCUCUGGAUGCUGCGGAUGAGUUCUUCAAGCUGGCCAGCGUGGUCUACCCAAAAAGAGCCAGUAUGGAAAGAGUGGAUGAGAAGCACGCCCCUGCCAUGACGCCCUGAGGAGCAUGGGGACUGUGGGUUUGCCUUCCCUUGGGACCAGGCUCCUGUGCCAAGGGGCUGCAGCAUGAGUAGUGCUGUUCCCUGUUUCCCUGCCCAGUAGUGGGCUGGCGAUGCCCCACAGGGAUGGCACGGGAAUUCAGUCCAUCACAGUGUAGGGUAUGCUGUGUAGGGUAUGCAAAUAGGCACAGGGGAACCCUGCACCAGUAGCUGCAAACCAUGUCCCCAAUGACAGCACUGCGAGGACGUCUCCCUUGUCACCUCCCAUGGGACCUUCGCCUCCCUCAGCCCUCGAAGCCAGGAAGGAAAAACACCUCGCUCACCUGCAGCCUCAUGACAUUUCUCUGUGCAACAGACUUGUUCUUUGUCCCCAGGGGCUUGGCCCAGCAGCUCAGAACAGAACUGACAUCAGCAUCCUGGCUCUGUUGAUGCUGGGUCCCCAGCGAUGGGCAUCUCGAGGAACUCAUGUCAAGGGAUGCUCAGCCCAGCACUGUGAACAAAGGUGCUUGUUAGCAAGGCUCCGUGGUUGGACCUGCUGAGAAAUAUUCCUCCUGUAAUGUCCUUGGAUUGAUCACCAACGUCUUCCUCCAUUUCCAAACGUCCAAGUCUUAAUUGCAGUAAUAAAAAGCACCACAAAGUUGGUGGUCCGUGUGUAUGGUCAGUGCUGUUAAUGAAGAUUUUUAAUGGACACCCUUUGUAUCUUUCUUCUGUGUGUGUGUUAUGUGUCUGAUAGCAAGCAAUAAUUUUAAAACACUGGGUUUGCUCAUUUGACAACAAGUGGAAGUUCAGCACUGGUUAACAUUUGCUGCUAAUGGAUCAGUUGAAAAUGCUGGUUACAAAGGACCUCCCAAAAGAACAAAAUAGAGCUUUU